AUGGCGGAAGGAGUUCUCUUCGACAUUGCUGGGAGUAUCAUUAAGAGUUUGGGCUCUCUUGCUCUCCAAGAGAUUGGAGUGUUAUGGGGUUUCAAAGAUGAGCUUCGAAAGCUCGAGGACACCGUUUCUACCAUCCAAGCUGUGCUUUUGGAUGCGGAGGAAAAGCAGGCCCAGAACCAUGAGGUCAAAGAUUGGCUUCGAAAGCUCAAGUAUGCCAUGUACGACGCCGAUGACUUGCUGGAUGACUACUCCACUCAACUUUUACGCCAACAACUGAUGACACGAGAUAAGAAGAUGGCAAAAGAGGUACGCAUCUUCUUUUCCAAAUCAAACCAGCUUGUAUAUGGCUUUAAAAUGGGUCAUAGGAUCAAGGCAGUUAGGGCGAGACUGGAUGAAAUUGCAACUGAUAGGAUCAAAUUUGGCUUCAAUGAGCACACCACAGCGACACAGUUUGAGCAUAUGAAAAGACAAGAUACACACUCAUUUGUACAUGGGGAAGAUGUCAUUGGGAGAGAGGAUGAUAAGGAGUCUAUUAAAAAGCUGUUAUUCGAUCCCAAUAUGAAUGAGAAGAAUGUUUCCAUAAUUCCCAUAGUUGGGAUUGGUGGACAAGGAAAGACCACGCUUGCGCAGUAUGUGUACAACGAUGAGGAGGUUCGAAGACAUUUUGACCUGAGAAUGUGGGCAUGUGUCUCUGAUCCUUUUGAUAUGAAAACUAUCAUUGUAAAGCUCAUAGAAUCUGCGACUAAGGAGAGACCUAAAAGCCUUGAGAUGGAUCCAUUGCAAAGUGAGCUUCGAGCAAAAAUUGAUGGGAAGCGAUAUUUACUUGUUUUAGACGAUGUGUGGAAUGAGAAUCGUGGUACAUGGUCCGACUUGGAAAAGUUGUGA